CCUCCCGGUGCCGCGACUAUCUCAGCGGAUCCGUUGGACGUUGCGCUGCGCACACACUCGACGACCACCCGUCAGACACAGGACUUGACACGAUGACCGCCCCCGUCCCCGACGAGCACCGCGACGCUCACCUCAUCAACCUCCGCCUCGCCCUGGGCUCCAUCGUCGCUCCCGUGCGUAUCUUUCCCUUCCUCUGCCCAAGCCUGCCGCCUGCCAACACGUGGGGUACACAUCUUGUCUCCUUUCUUCGCCCUCAUGCAUCCCAUGUCGUCGUGGCACCCUCGUUUCGUUCUCCCGUCGCCCGUCUUUUGUCCACCAUACCGUCCGUGCAUGUGGCGCCACCGCCUUUCCCCGCCUUUCUUUCCCGUCCGUCCCCUGACACCCACACUGACCCUGACCCCGCAGAAACGCCCCGCCUACGCACGCUCCCCCUCCGCCUGCGGCACCUCCGGCACCGCCACGCCCGCCCACCACUCCCACCCGCAUCACCACCGCGACCACCGCGUCCCGUCCCCACCCUCGUCCUCGUCCUCCCCAUCCUCGUCCGUCCCCGCGAGCCCCGAGCCCGCAGCCGUCCCGCUCCCUGUCCCCGUCCCCGUCGCCUCGCAGCGCGCAGAGACCGUCCCCGCCCCCGCGACGUCCCCCGCGCCGCCCACAACCAAGGCGGUCGGCUCCGCGAAGACGCGCGUCGGCCUCGUCGGCACGCUGCAGAGCAAGAGCGCGUUCGACGCGCUCGUGCACGGGAGCUGGGUGUGAGGUCCAGUUGCACCUCGGUUGCGAGCGGCUCGGACGCGAUAGUGGAGGAGAGUCGUGGUAGCCACGCAUAUAUUCAUAGACUGAGACGACUCGGCGACAGACGGACUGCGGCGUGGCGUGUAUAUAGUGUAGCAUAUACAGUAAGUAGGAGGUAAUCUGUAGCGGCUCGUUCGCGCUCCUCUGACUUUGCACCCGUGUGCUUUCGAUGUUCGUGUCAUACUAGAGUGGGUAUCCCACGUAUAUAUCAUAUUGCAUGUUCUGGGAUCGGGAAGGCUUGGAAGCUUGACUGAUACCGCGUGUGCGGGCGCAUAUACAGCACUGAUUGUCACCUAGUAGGCAGGCCACAGAUCCGACCUCUUUGACGGGGGAGGACAAUCGUAUAACGUACUAUUAGGUUGGUCGCGGUGCCACGGUACUCUUGUAGCGUCUCUGGCUACAUAUAAGUACACCGACGUCCAGACUGCCGGUGUUGCGUUCUCAUCAC